AUGGACGUCGACUCGAAAAUUCGUGCCUUCCGGCUAAUUGGGUGGAUCUCCAUUGGGUUGUCGACGAUCGCGAUUCUUAGCUUGUGCAUCGCCCUGCCCAUGGUCUACCACUACAUCCACGCUGCCAAGCACACGAUGAUCAAGGAUCUGAAUGAGUGCCGCAAAACGACCCACGACGUCUACCUCCAGUCCGCUCAUCUGCCGAUCCCCAUGAACCGCACGGCUCGUCAGGCCAAUUAUUACAAGGACACUUGCGAUGGCUGCUGUCUUCCUGGAGUCGCAGGACCUCAAGGAGCUCCAGGAAAGUCUGGACGACCCGGAAAGCCCGGAGCUGCUGGCCAGCCCGGAAACCCCGGUCGCCCACCAUCAGAGGCUUGCGAGCCGAUGACCGAGCCUCCGUGCCACUGCACCGACAACCAAGGACCGGCUGGACCUCCCGGACCCCCUGGACAACGUGGAAACCGUGGACCGCCCGGACCUCCCGGUGGAAAGGGACCCGAUGGAGACGACGGUGAGAACGGCAAGAAGGGCAACAACGGCCGCGAGGGACCUUGCGGACGCCCCGGUGUACCUGGACCGCCCGGAAACCCGGGACCCCAGACUCGACCCCUCCCUGGACCCCCUGGACCUCCCGGAUCGGAUGGACAACCCGGCCAGCCUGGUUCUCCCGGACCCAACGGAUCCCCUGGAGAAGCCGGCAAGCGCGGCCCGCCCGGCUCACCCGGAAACAGCGGUGCGCCCGGAAACGAUGGAGAGCCAGGUGAACCAGGUCGAUCCGGAAAUGCUGGACGACAGGGAGAGAAGGGUGUCUGUCCCAAGUACUGCGCCAUCGACGGCGGAGUCUUCUUCGAGGACGGAACCCGACGA